AUGGUAUGGUUGCGAUGGGUCGUGUUUCUGUUAAUCUCUUUCAUAAGGGCUAUAGUCUCCCUCGAACCAUUAGGUUUCAAGAAUGUUACACUCGCAGAAACUGAAGAGAAUGUAAUCUUUGAAUGGUUCCAAGAAGAUGUCAUGAAUAAGUCCCAUGCAAUGAGGUUCUGUGACAACCUCAAAUCGACUAUUCCAAAUAUCAGGGAACUUCAAUAUUUCUAUAAGAGCCUCAAUCUCGAAGCAAACUCGAUAUUCUAUUUGCAAGAUGUAUUGGAAACCACAACCGACUCCCCUAGAGAUGAUAUUGGAGAGAGGCUGUGCAUAACGAUUAAAAAUAGUCCUGGAAACCCAGUAAAGAGAAUCCCAUUCUUCUACAUUUUUGGGACAAUGUGUUUUGCACUACUUAUAGCCAAUUGUUUGUGGAUAGUUUUCUGCUACAAAUAUUGUUCUCUAAAACGAAAACAAAGUAACAAAAGGGCUAAAACCGCAUCCUUGUUUACUGGAAAUGGACUGAAACCCAUCAGCUUCAAUGCGGAAAGAAACAAUCUUGGAAAAUAUGAUCUACUUCCAGAUGUUCCCCUACAACGUGAAAGCUAUAGGAAGUCACAAAAAUCACAAAAGGAAUUGAAAUUGGCAACAAAAGAAGAGAGCGCUGAAUCGCUAUCUGCGACAUUAGGACUCAAUCCCAAAAAUACUGACAAUGGCACGGGGUUUUUAUAA